GAAGCACGGUGGUAGAGUGAGUGCAGCCUCUCGCCGCUUAAGCCAAAAGCUCUUCAUCUUUCGCUUCUGAGUUUAUGGGAUUUUGUGGAUUCGAUUCCAUUGGUUAAUCUCGAUCCUUUCGUCGGCCAUGGAACAUCAGAUGUUGAAGGACGACGAAACUGAGGAAGAAAUCUCCGAUUCGUUUCUCUGUUGCGUUUGCCUGGAACUUCUUUACAAACCAAUUGUGUUAUCAUGUGGUCAUCUAUCAUGUUUUUGGUGUGUUUAUAAGUCCAUGAACGGCCUGCGCCAGUCCCAUUGUCCCAUCUGUAGAGACCCUUAUCUUCACUUUCCGUCGGUCUGUCAAAAGCUCCAUUUCUUGUUAAAGCAGCUAUACCCUCUCGCUCACAGGAAGAGAGAGGAGCAGAUUCUAAAGGAAGAAUGGAAACGACGUUGUUUUUCUCCGCAGAUUGAUGCUGUCAUAGAUGAACUAAAGACUGCUGUAGAAUCCGGCUGCAAUGGAACUUCCGUAAAUAUCUCUGGUGGAGAUACUGUUUCCAAACGCCAGAGUAUCUCCUUGUUUCCAAAUUCAAGAAUUUCUUUAUGUUCUUGUGUACUGAUACCCACACUCUUGUCUUCUCCGGAUAAAGGUGACAGUCCAUGCAUCACCAACAAUGGAGAAUCCAUAGUGGCAGAAACUGCCGAUGAGGAUGAUUUGUCUAGGACCAAAAAAGACCGUAAGCAGAUAUCGAAAGAUGAUUUGCUCUGUUCGGCAUGUAAGAAGCUGCUCGUCCGACCUGUAGUUCUCAACUGUGGCCAUGCAUACUGCAGAGCAUGUAUUAUGAAUCCAACAGAAGAAAACAAGAAGAUCAGAUGUCAAGAAUGCCAAGUUUUGGACCCAAGGGGGUUUCCAAAAGUUUGUCUGGUUCUUGAGCAAUUUUUGGAGGAAACAUUCCCCGAGGAAUAUAUUUUUCGGAGCACUGAUGCCGAGAGAAAGCAAGCCCAGAAUGAUACGAUAAGGUCUCAAACUUUUCAUGAAGGAGGUCCAUCUUUACCAUCUACGAAUGAUUUUCUCUGGCGGGCACACUCUGGAUCCAACGUUCACAGAGGAGCCGGCUGUGAUUCUUGCGGCAUAUAUCCGAUAGUGGGGGAUCGUUAUAAAUGCAAGGACUGCAAUGAGGUUAUGGGGUACGACCUUUGCAACGACUGUUACAACACUCGUUCCAAGCUUCCGGGGAGAUUCAAUCAGCAGCACACACCGGACCACAGGCUCGAAAGCGUGCCCGUUCCUCGGUUACGUUUCGUGACUAGACUCCAUCAAAACAGAACCAAUUCCAUUGUUUUCCUUCCAGAGGCUUCUGCCAGAGACGAUGGGAGCGUCUCAGGCCGUGGUUCCAAUGAGGAAGAAGACAGUGCAAGAGAAUCGGAACAAUGACGAUGAGGAAGAGUCCAAUAACCGAAAUUAUUCAGGAUCAAGCUCUGUCUGAGAAUGACACAAAACUCAUGUCCGAAAGUGUAAAUAAAAGAUGCACUGAAACUUUGUUAACUUUAGGGUAGUUUUAUCGUUUUUUCCAAAUUGUGUUUUGAGGUGAGGAGGAUUGCGUGACGUC